CCAGAGCAGAGGUGUUUCGACCCCUCUCACCCCGAGCUGUCUCUUGCCAUCCUUUCAUCCACUCCUCUAUAAAACCCGGUGCCCCCCGCCCCGCUCGGAGCAGCGCCCCCUUUUUUGGCUGCGCCGCGCCGGGAACAGAAGGGGCAGGGGCGCGCAGGAGGCACGCAGAGCUCGCGGGCUGCCGCGCUCGCCACGCCUGGGGAAUUGGGCUGUGGGCGAGGCGGCCCCGACUGCCCUUUAUCGCUUGCUGGGCUCGUCUUUUGAAACUUUAUCAGUGACUCUCAGCACUAGCCGCAGACGCGAGCGGGGGGCGGGGGCGCAGAGGCGCCGGCAGCAGAGACGAGGCGCUCCCGAAGCUGAGCGCUUCUGCUCUGGGCACGCAUGGCGCCCGCACACGGAGUCUGACCUGAUGCAGACGCAAGGGGGUUAAUAUGAACGUCCCUCUCGGUGGAAUCUGGCUCUGGCUCCCUCUGCUCUUGACCUGGCUCACCCCUGAGGUCAGCUCUUCAUGGUGGUACAUGAGAGCUACAGGUGGCUCCUCCAGGGUGAUGUGUGACAAUGUGCCAGGCCUGGUGAGCCGCCAGCGUCAGCUGUGCCACCGACAUCCAGACGUGAUGCGUGCCAUUGGCCUGGGUGUGGCUGAGUGGACAGCAGAGUGCCAACACCAGUUCCGGCAGCACCGCUGGAACUGCAACACUCUAGACAGGGAUCACAGCCUCUUUGGCCGGGUCCUCCUCAGAAGUAGUCGGGAAUCUGCCUUUGUUUACGCCAUCUCCUCAGCUGGAGUUGUAUUUGCCAUCACCAGGGCCUGUAGCCAAGGAGAAUUAAAAUCCUGUUCCUGUGAUCCAAAGAAGAAGGGAAGUGCCAAGGACAGCAAGGGUACCUUUGACUGGGGUGGCUGCAGCGACAACAUUGACUAUGGGAUCAAAUUUGCCCGAGCGUUUGCAGAUGCCAAGGAAAGGAAAGGGAAGGAUGCCAGAGCCCUGAUGAAUCUUCACAACAACAGAGCCGGAAGGAAGGCAGUAAAGCGAUUCCUGAAGCAAGAGUGCAAGUGUCAUGGCGUGAGUGGCUCCUGUACUCUGAGGACAUGCUGGCUGGCCAUGGCCGACUUCAGGAAAACAGGCGAUUAUCUCUGGAGGAAGUACAACGGGGCCAUCCAGGUUGUCAUGAACCAGGAUGGCACAGGCUUCACUGUGGCAAAUAAGAGAUUUAAGAAGCCAACGAAAAAUGACCUCGUGUAUUUUGAGAACUCUCCAGACUACUGUAUCAGGGACCGAGAGGCAGGCUCCCUGGGUACAGCAGGUCGUGUGUGCAACUUGACUUCCCGAGGCAUGGACAGCUGUGAAGUCAUGUGCUGUGGGAGAGGCUAUGACACCUCUCAUGUCACCCGGAUGACCAAGUGUGAGUGUAAAUUCCACUGGUGCUGUGCUGUGCGCUGUCAGGACUGCCUGGAGGCCCUGGAUGUACACACAUGCAAGGCCCCCAAGAGUGCCGAUUGGACAACCCCUACAUGACCCCCGCAGAGGUCAUCAUCCCGCUUCCCUCCUCAAGGACUCCAAUUGCAUCUGCAAGGACACUGGACCUCUGGGUUGUCUUCAUGGGACUAGUUCCUAAAGCAUGUGGCCUUCAUCUCAGCAGAAGCCCCUUUUCCUUCUCUGGGGGCCCAGGACUGGGGGCCACAUGCAAUACAUAAAGUAUACCUUAUCUAACCCAUCUUGGGCAUCCUAGGGCCACCUCUCUUUCUGCUUUGGAAAUGGUAUGACAGGCUGUUAUUGGAGGAGGGUCAUAAGCCCCCACCGCUGUCACCUAGACAUUUCCUCUUUCCUCUUUGGCCAUGGGAAGAAACAACAUCACAAAGGAGCUUUCUCUGUGUCUUCCCACAAAUGCACACACUUAAGGAAGUCCAUACUUCCCACUGGAGGUGAGGAAAGUAAAAUCAACUGCCACCAAAUUCAGUUUAAUUUUUAAAAAGAUCAAAUCGAGGUUUUGUCUAAGUGAUAACCAUUGCCACCAUCUUUGGUGAUUGCUUGGAGAAGGACAGCUUUCAAUAAACUUUAGUUUUAAA